AUGUAUCCAAUCCCACCUUCCCCGCCUCCCCGGCCGAGCUCCGCCAAUAGUAUGCGCCGGGUGUAUCAUACCACCGGGAACGCGCCAUCUGGAUUGGCUGAGCUGGAGAGCCGCGGUCCCGCCCCCUCCACCUCGGACCACUGCUGGCUCGGGGUGCCCGGUGGAGCGAUUGGCGUCGGGGAAGCGACGGGGGAUGUUUCGGUUAUCUCAGCAUUUCAGAAUAAUCGUUACUUUGAACGUGAUUCCCCUGGAGGGAAGGUUAUAUCUGCAGGCAAUGAAGCUCCAGUGAUCAAGUUUGUCCCAGCCAUCAGAGCAGACACAGAGCACUUGUUCCAGCUAAAGCAUCAAAUUCCAGCCUCCACGUCAGAAUGUGAGGUGCCUCUGAAAACAAGCUCCCAGACUCCAUAUACCUCCUGUGAAGAGGCUGCACAGUGUGAACAAACUCUUCCUAUUUAUGAGAAGGAUCAUCUAAAAGUAAGAAGCGGUCUCCCUGGCGUGCAUUCCCCUCUUACCUCACUCCAGCCGGAACACUUGGAUGGAGAAGGUCACUCAUCCCUGAAGGCAGAAGUUCUGAUCCACAAAGACUCUGGGAAUGACGGGGAAACAUGUUCCAGCUGGAAUGACAUAACAUUAUCUGAAGGAAACAAGGGAGGAGGGUACACAGUGGCUCCUCUUGCCACCUUCCAAGAGGGCAACGGAAUGAUCAGCCCAUCUUCCUCAUAUGACCUGUCCCUCCUCAGAUACAGGUCAGCGCUCCCAUCUUGUUCCAGAAAUGAAGGACAGAAUCACCCAACUAGGAGCGAAAGUGUUAUCUUCAUUGAUGCUGUGUCCAGUGACAGCCCAAGUCUGUGUAACCAGCCAGCUGCCAGCAUCUCCGGGAGUGACCAGAGAGAUGUUGCAAGCAUUGAAAUGCCACUGCCAUUUGAACUUGAACAAUCAACAUCCAAGGAAAGUCAGGAAAGAGAGGGGCAUAUGGAAGAUGAAAUGUUUUAUGGGAUAUACGAUGAAAGGAAUCAUAUUUUUGAGGAAUCCGAACAAGAAGAAUUCUGCUCUGAUGAAAUUACCCUGUAAAGUACACAUCACCUUCAGUAUUUUAUUAAACAAUUGUAUUGAAGAUCAGUUGAUUCUAAUCACCAUUGAAAAUAGGACUUGAAGUUUUAAGUUUUAAACAAACAUCCCCUCCACCCAAAAAAACUUAAGAAAAUUCAGUUUUUUUUCAUACCUACAGAAUUCUCUGUUGGCAAUACAUUUUAUAAUGUUAACCAUACCUUUUGUGAUAAGAAUUUGCCUUGCAAAAUGUUGACAUUCUGCAGUCUACUGACUGAUCAUAUUUGUUUCUGGAUAUCUAACAGAAUAUGCUAGUUUCUAUAACAGAUUCACAUCAUGUCUGCAUCAGGAAGGGGUAAAAAAAACAGAAUAGUAAAAACAUGGGUGGAAAUGAAAAUCUUUGAAUGCCCAGGUAUUAUGAUGUCAAUAGCAACAGUUGCAAUUUAUUAUAGAAACUAAAAGUUAGUGUUUUCGCCUGAAGUUAUUUUUUUACUAAUUGAUAGGGCUUAAUAUUGCAAAACAAUAAUAACAACCUAAGAUAGCAGCCCUGAACUGAAGCAACAACUAAAAAC